AUAUCUUAUCUGGCCUGUAAGCAAAUAAUAAAACAGCUGACUGAUGGUGGAUGGAGUUGCAGAGAUGAGGUAGAAAGAGGAGCAGCCACUCCCUCUCCCUGCAUGAUGGUUUCGUGCAGGGGAGCAACCACUCCUGCUGCAGUCAGUAUGCAAACAAUGUGCAGUGCAGGUAUAAAUCUGCUGCUCUCAUAGCUAGCUAGUCUCAUCGUGGUGUGCGUGCAAGCAGAGCAAUUGAUUCGGCAGCAAACACAAACAUGAGCGAGCCGGCCACCGUGAUCCACAUGGACGACGGCAAGGGCCCCCCAGCCGCCGCGUCCUCGUCCUACGCCACCGCUCCGGCGACUACAGGUGGUGAUGCGACGGCGACGGCAGCAGCAGCAGGCAGCAAGGCCGCCGGCGGUGGCCGUGGCCUGCCGCUCCUCCUGCGCUCCGGCGCCUGCGGGUUCCGCCGCUGCCUGGGCGCGAUCGACUUCCUGCUGCGGGUGGCCGCCUUCGGGGCGACGCUGGCGGCGGCCAUCGCGACGGGCACCGCCGACGAGCGGCUGUCCGUGUUCACGCAGUUCUUCCAGUUCCACGCGAGGUUCGACGACUUCGCGGCCUUCACCUUGCUGGUGGUGGGCAACGCCGUCGCGGCGGGGUACCUGGUGCUGUCCCUGCCCUUCUCCGCCGUGGCGGUCGUCCGCCCCGGCGCCACCGGAGUGAGGCUGUUCCUGCUCCUCUGCGACGUGGUGGCCAUGUGCCUGCUCGCGGCCGCCGGCGCCGCCGCGGCCGCCGUCGUGUACGUGGCGCACUGGGGCAGCCGGCGCGCCAACUGGGUGCCCAUCUGCAUGCAGUUCCACGGCUUCUGCCAGCGCACCAGCGGCGCCGUCGUCGCCACCUUCCUGGCCGUCCUCGUCUUGGCCGUGCUCAUCCUCAUGGCGGCCUGCGCCAUCCGACGCCACCGCUGGCAAUCAUAAGCUAUAGCUGCUGCCUGCUGGAGGCAGGGGCGAUUCCAACCCAUUCCAUGCAUGGUGAUUCUGAUUCCAAUGCAAAUAUCUACCUCUCAGCAGUCUGUUUUAAUUUGAUGAUGCUUUGCUUUAUUAUUUCCAAUGUCCGGAUCACAUCCAUCAAAUUCAAAUGUGCUGGCUGUACAAUUCCAUCCAUCAAAAGUGUGUGCUGUGAUUGUGAAUUU